UCAGUUAUUCUUUGCUGUCAGUUUAAACAUCUUUGUAACUAGAGGGGGUAGACGGCAACUGCCAAAGUUCUCCCCCGAUUCUGGAAGAUUACCUUUCAUUUUUACAAUAUUCUUGAUGUCAUUAUCAUUUCUUUCCUUUUUGUUUUGGGCGCUUUUACUUGUGUGACAACGAGAAAUGGACGACGAGAAGGAAGACACGCCACAGGAGGACAUGGAAGAAGACGAACUGGAAGAAGAGCAGGACGGCGACCUCCCUUCAGAAACUGAGGAGGAAGAGGUGGAUAACGAACCCGUAGAGGAAACUACAGACCAGGAAGAAUUGAAAUCUACAGAAACUCGUAAAAAAAGUGUAACGAUGAAGGGAGAUGUCCCUACGCUUAGAGAAGGAAGUGACGUAGCCGGCCAGUUUUCGGGAGAAAUUCCUGUACGCUUCUUGCAGAGAGGUUCACAUGUUGGAAAAGGGUUAGCAGUACUCACGAGUGGCGGCGAUUCUCAAGGGAUGAAUGCUGCAGUACGUGCAGUAGUACGUUUUGGUAUAUAUCUUGGAUGUAAAGUUUACUUCAUAAAAGAAGGUUAUCAAGGAAUGGUAGAUGGUGGAGACAAUAUUGAGGAAGCUGGCUGGGCGACAGUUUCGUCCAUUAUACAUAAGGGUGGGACCAUUAUUGGUUCAGCCAGAUGCAUGGAUUUUAAAGAACGAGAAGGACGCUUAAAAGCUGCUGCUAACUUGGUGGACAGAGGAAUUACCAAUCUGGUGGUGAUUGGUGGUGAUGGAUCAUUGACAGGUGCUAAUCAUUUCAAGACAGAGUGGCCUUCUCUUCUGGAAGAACUUAGCAGUACAGGGCGUAUUACAAAAAAUGCACAGCAGGCAUAUGCUACUCUUAGAAUUGUUGGAUUAGUUGGAUCCAUUGAUAAUGAUUUUUGUGGAACUGACAUGACAAUUGGAACAGAUUCAGCUCUGCAUCGUAUCAUUGAAGCUAUUGAUGCCAUUAUGUCAACAGCCUACUCACAUCAGCGGACGUUUAUUAUGGAAGUCAUGGGAAGACAUUGUGGAUAUCUGGCAAUUGUAACUGCAAUGGCAUCAGAAGCUGACCUCGUUUUUGUGCCUGAAGAUCCACAACCAACUGACUGGCCUCAAACACUCUGCAAGAAACUGUCACUGGAACGAGCGUCUGGACAGAGACUGAAUAUUAUAAUUGUUGCUGAAGGAGCAGUAGAUCGUGAUGGUGAACCAAUAACAGCUGAUAAAGUGAAAGAUGUUCUUGAGGAAAACUUGCAUCAAGAUACACGAGUCACUGUGCUUGGGCAUGUACAGAGAGGUGGAAAUGCAUCUGCCUUUGACAGAGUCCUAGGGUGUCGUAUGGGUGCAGAGGCUGUUAUGGCAUUAAUGGAAACAUCAGAAGACAAUGAGGGAAUACUAAUUUCUAUAACUGGCAACCGCAUUGUUCGUCUGCCUCUCAUGGAGUGUGUUGAGAGAACAAGAGGAGUGGCAGCUGCUAUGGGUCGAAAGGAGUGGGAUGAAGCAGUCAGAUUGAGAGGCAGGAACUUUGCUCGAAACUUAGAUAUGUACAAGAAACUCACCAGAUUGAAACCACCAGCAUCAGUUGGACAUUUGGAAGAGUCAUUUAUCAUGGCUGUAAUGCAUGUUGGAGCUCCAGCCUGUGGAAUGAAUGCAGCCGUCAGGUCAUUUGUAAGGUGCAAUGUGUAUAAAGGUGUAACUACAUAUGGCAUCCAAAAUGGAGUUGAAGGAUUGGAAUCAGGAAAUUUUCGUAAGCUUGAGUGGCCAGAUGUGAGAGGCUGGGUGCCACUUGGAGGAGCCAUUCUUGGUGCUAAGCGGACGUUGCCAGGACGUCGGCUGCCAAAAAUUGCAGAGCAGCUACGGAAAUUUGGCAUACAGGGUUUGCUGAUAAUUGGAGGCUUUGAGGCCUUUCAAGCAGCUCUUCAGUUAGUUGAGAGCAGAAGGGUAUACCGCGAAUUUUGUAUACCCAUUGCAGUUAUUCCUUCAACCAUAAGUAAUAACGUUCCAGGAACAGAAUUUGCACUUGGUUGUGACACUGCACUGAAUGAAAUAAUAGAGAUAUGUGACAGAAUACGGCAGUCUGCACAAGGAACAAAACGAAGAGUAUUUAUAAUUGAAACCAUGGGAGGUCACUGUGGAUAUCUUGCUACAUUGUCUGGAUUAGCUGGAGGUGCAGAUGCUGCUUACAUUUUUGAAGAGAAGUUCUCUGUUCGAAAUGUUUUGGAAGACGUCUAUCACAUGGCAUGCAAAAUGGCAGCUGGAGUUCAAAGAGGCUUAAUAAUUAGGAAUGAAAAAUGUAAUGAUAAUUAUACAACCAGAUUUAUCCAUCGUCUGUUUGCUGAAGAAGGGAAAGGUCUUUUCAGUGUGAGAAUGAAUAUUUUAGGCCACAUGCAGCAAGGAGGUAAACCAUCUCCUUUUGACCGUACUCUAGGCACAAAAAUGGCCGGAAAGGCAGCUGACUGGAUGUUUGAGAGAAUUGAAGAGUCACAAAAUGCAGAUGGUUUUGUUUGUGCAAGAGAUCCUGAAUCUGCUGUUCUAGUAGGUAUCGAACAACGACAGUACCGUUUCACACCUUUGCGAGAUCUGAUACCCCAUACAAAUUUUGAACAUAGAAUACCAAAAGAACAGUGGUGGUUGAAGUUGCGGCCACUUCUCAGAAUACUUGCGAAACACGAAAGUGCUUAUGAAGAAGAAGGAAUGUACAUUUCAGUAGAUACCACACCUGCCCGUGAUGUUUGGCGUGAUCCUUCCAGAGCAGUAGGUGCUUGGGAAAGGGAGACUUUAGAAUGAAAUGUUUGUUAGUACUGUGUUGACUAUGAAAAAGAGAACCAAAAUGACAUCAAGUCCAGGCGUUUAAAUGUAAUGCAGUAAUUUAUUAUAAACUGGGAACUUAAAAAUUUCUGUCACUCCUUACUGAGAGAGAGAUAACUUGAUCCAGUGUCUUGUUAUGUAAAUUAGUAUCUCAGAGAGAAUUGAUGUCUUUAUUGUUUCAUAAUUUUCUCUUUGGAGAGUCAUAUACAUUAAUAAAAGAAAUAAAUUGUGGAAAUUGAUGACACAUACAAUGAAAAUUACAUUCAUGUAAUAAAAUAAUACAUAUAACAUCAAAAUUCUUCAAGGAAUCUACCUACAGAAGUGACCUAAUGUUGGAUUUUAUUUUACAUCAAGACUGAUUGAUUUUUUAUUAGGUCCCAUCUGAUUACAUUAUGUGUGGAGUGUGGACUUGUAAUACAGGACAGGUCAACUUAACCAAAUAUCUUAAAACAUUUAGCUUAUGUGUUACAAUAGAAACCACCAUACUGUAAGUUAUUAAGUUAUUUACAUGCAUUAUACUACAAUGUUACAUUA